GACAUUAAGAAGAGCCACCAAACUUGAAGCCUGAAGGGCUUCCUCAUUGAGUCAUUUCCCAUCCAUCGUCUAUCUUUACCUUCUCUCUCUCGGAGCCCUAGAUUUUUUCUCUCUUUACGGUACUUCUAUUUAUCCGCCAAUAUUUUCUCGGAAAAAAUGGCAAACGCAGCAUCUGGGAUGGCUGUGCAUGAUGACUGCAAGCUAAAGUUUUUAGAACUGAAGGCAAAACGAACUUACCGCUUCAUUGUUUACAAGAUUGAAGAGAAGCAAAAGGAGGUGGUUGUGGAAAAGCUUGGUGAGCCAACCGAGAGUUAUGAGGAUCUCUCUGCAAGCCUUCCUGCUAACGAGUGCCGAUAUGCUGUGUAUGACUUUGACUUUCUGACAGAAGAGAAUGUCCCAAAGAGCAGGAUUGUUUUCAUUGCUUGGUCCCCGGAUACUUCAAAAGUGAGAAGCAAGAUGAUUUAUGCAAGCUCGAAGGACAGGUUCAAGAGAGAAUUGGAUGGUAUUCAGGUGGAGUUGCAAGCUACUGAUCCCACCGAGAUGGGCCUUGAUGUUAUUAGAAGCCGGUCUACCUGAAUAGAAAGUGCCAGCUAUGCAAUGGAAAUAUCUCCAACUAUCCUACUCGAUGUUUAUAGGUUGUGCAACUUUGUACUUGUUUUAAUACUAUGCUAAUGGCUUGUGUUUUAUCAACAUUUAAAACGUCCCGAAUUGUGAUUUUGUGGUUUUGUUGUGUUAUCACUUAUUGGUAUGAAUUUAUACACACCUGUGAUAUGUCGGAGUAUGGGGUGCAUAUCAAUUCAAAUGUCUGCUUAUUUCAA